AUGGCAUGGACGUUGGUGGCCUUGAAGCUAUACCAUGUUCAUCGCAUGAAGACUAGGUUGCGUGAAGACCGCAGGUGUGCUUCACCGUACUCCAUCGUCCAGUCUCUGAGCCGGGCUGGUGUCGACAAGAGUUGCACAAUCAAUGAGUACACAUACCAGCAGUAG